UAUCAAAUCGUGUCGCGUGUAGGUUGAAUCACACACAAUCUAGAUAAGAGGCGGGUGUGUCUACCGCUUUUUCUGUCCCCUUGGCACGGAGUUUACUGCCAAACAGCCACAAACAACAUUUAAUGAGUCAUUUGACUGUGAUAAAACGCACACGGGGAAAAACAGUUCGAAAUGCCACCCUUUUGUUGUGGUGGUCGGCGCUGUGCCAAGGAUCUUGAAUUGGAAAAGCUGAAUGAAGGCGGUCGCGAUUCACUAAAGGAUACAAUAUACACAACGGCCCCGGAAUAUGAGCGUCCGUUAUCCCUGAAAUUCUACGCCCGUCACGACUGGCCCUAUUUCAACUGUAUGAGUCCGGAGGUACGGCGCAUACGUGAGAAGCUUGAUCCGGAGUCGCUGCAGAAUGAGCAAAAAAUAGCUAGCCACGACGAGGGAAUUGAGCAUAAGUACGACAUGAAGCAUGGAACGCCGCAGCCGAUGACGGUCAACCAGAUCUACGGCUGGUAUUCGGAUAGGGCUUAUCGCUAUUUGAAAAAAGACCGAGGAACUUUCGUCUUCCCCCACGAAAACGAUCCAAUGAUUGAGCAAAUUUUGAGAAACAAACUUAAACCAACUUAGACCAUUUUGCAGUUCAACCCUUUAAGAUUCCAACGUGUUACAAAUUUAAGUCAGC